UUACCUUGUGUAUAUUACUCUAUGGUGGUGUCUUUGCGACCUCCUUGUUACCGAAGAUGUCGGCUGCAAAGAGCACUCCGAAAGAUGCCCAAGUUAUGGGUGCAAUCUUGAAAGACAUGGGGAUCACCGAGUACGAACCCAGAGUCAUCAACCAGAUGCUCGAGUUCACGUACCGUUACGUAACCAAUAUCUUGGACGAUGCUAGGCUCUUCUCUGCCCACGCCAAAAAGCGGGUCGUGGACGUUGACGACGUUCGCCUGGCCAUCCAGAUGCAAGCGGACAAGAGCUUCACUUCACCGCCGCCCAGAGAUCUUUUGAUGGAAAUAGCGCGGCAGAAGAACAGCACCCCGCUGCCGCUGAUCAAAGCCAACGCCGGUCCCAGACUGCCCCCCGACAGAUACAGUUUGACAGCGUGUAACUAUCGCUUCAAGUCCGCCAAGAAGCCUAGGAUUCAAGUGGGACUUCCUACCCAGCUCAGCUUGUCUUCCAUGCAAGGAAAUUCCGGUUCUGGCUUCUCUAAGGUGAACCCUGUGCUAAGCUUGUGCAGCAAGACAGGGGCCACGCUUGCAGUUGUUUCAAGGCCGUCGUCUACACCCACAGUGACUAUCGUCUCUCGACCAGCCAACAAGUCCCAUCCCACACCCAUCAUCAAGCUCUCCCAAAGACCACCCCUGACCUUGAGCACGGCGGUGUCCUCGGGGACCGCGGUCUCUUCAGUCACGCCAGUGAGCAGCGCCGCACAGGUGGCGGCAAUGUCCACGGUCCUGGUCACAUCAGCGUCGUCCGUCACGGCACCCACUUUAACACCUGUGGGCGGAGUGGGUCCCCCCAGUGUGGUUACGACCAGCGCCAUGGGAACGGGGCUUCAGACGGGCAUGUUGCCCGUCGACAACAUCAAGAGCGAGAACGCGGAUGCCGACCAAAAGAGGAAGAGGGAGGAUGACGACUACGACACCGACCGAGAAUAAAAGCAGGCUCAUUCACACGAGA